AUGCCCCGGGUCACCUCCCUGCUGCACGCCCUGCUGUUCGUUCUCCUGCCGGGCCCGAGCCGGGGGUAUUUCCCCGAGGAGCGCUGGAGCCCCGAGUCUUCGCUCCUCGCUCCCCGGGUCGUCGUCGCGCUGGUCUGCCGCAAUUCGGCGCACUCUCUGCCGCUCUUCCUCGGAGCCCUCGAGCGCCUCGACUACCCGAAGGACCGCAUUGCGCUGUGGGUGGCGACAGAUCACAACAUAGACAACACCACAGCCAUCCUGAGAGACUGGCUGGUGAAGGUGCAGAAUGACUAUCACUAUGUGGAGUGGAGACCUGACGACGAAUCCAGUGCCUUUGAAGAUGAGGUGGGGCCUAAGCACUGGAAUAAUCUCCGUUAUGAACAUGUAAUGAAGCUCCGUCAGGCAGCGCUGGAGACCGCCCGCGAGAUCUGGGCCGACUACCUGCUGGUGGCUGACUGUGACAACCUGCUCACCAAUCCGGACACGUUAUGGAAGCUAAUUAGUGAGAACAAGACGAUCGUAGCGCCAAUGCUGGAGUCCAGAGCUGCGUAUUCUAACUUCUGGUGCGGCAUGACCUCACAGGGUUACUACAAGCGUACACCAGCCUACAUGCCUAUCCGUAAGGGAGAGCGCCGUGGCUGUUUCGCUGUACCGAUGGUCCACUCCACCUACCUCGUGGACCUACAGAAAGAGGCCUCCCGUCAGCUGGCUUUUUAUCCACCACACCCAGAGUAUAGCUGGACCCUGGAUGAUGUCAUAGUCUUUGCCUACUCAGCUCGCGCUGCAGAGGUGCAGAUGUAUGUGUGCAACAAAGAGAUUUAUGGUUAUUUCCCAGUUCCAACGCGUUCCCAUGGUACCCUGCAGGAUGAGGCGGAGAGCUUCUUGCAUACUCAGCUUGAGGUCAUGGUGAGAAAUCCUCCAUUGGAGCCCUCCAGCUUCCUGUCUCUUCCUCCCAAGCAGCCUGACAAGAUUGGCUUUGAUGAGGUGUUUAUGAUAAAUCUGGUGCGGAGAGCUGACCGUCGUGAGCGGAUGCUGAGAAGUCUGUAUGAGCAGGAGAUCAGCUGUAAGGUUGUCGCUGCUGUGGAUGGCAAAGCUCUGAACAAGACUGAUAUAGAGUCUAUGAGGAUUAAAAUGCUGCCAGGUUACAAAGACCCUUAUCACGGUCGGCCUCUCACCAAGGGUGAACUGGGUUGUUUCCUCUCUCAUUACAACAUCUGGAGGGAGAUAGUAGAUCGUGGUCUGCAGACAUCCCUGGUCAUCGAGGACGACCUCCGCUUUGAGGUGUUCUUCAAGCGACGAAUCCAGGCGCUGCUGCAGGAGGUGAAGACACACAAGCUGGACUGGGAUCUCAUUUACAUCGGGCGAAAGCGGAUGCAGGUGGACCACCAAGAGAAGACUGUGCCAAACAUCCAUAAUCUGGUGGAGGCAGACUACUCCUACUGGACACUAGGUUAUCUGUUGUCUUUACAAGGAGCCCGGAAGCUCCUCAAGGCCGACCCUCUGACCAAGUUGCUUCCUGUCGAUGAGUUCCUUCCUGUCAUGUACGACAAACAUCCAGUGUCAGAGUACAUGGACCACUUUGAGACUCGGGACCUGCGCGCGUUUUCUGCUGAGCCACUUCUGGUGUAUCCGACCCAUUACACAGGAGACGAGGGCUACAUCAGUGACACGGAAACAUCAGUGGUGUGGGACAACGAGACCGUCAAAACCGACUGGGACCGAGCCAAGUCGAGGAAAACUCAGGAGCAGGGGGAGCUGAGCUUCGAGGCCCAGAACUCCGACGUACUGCAGUCUGAACUGGAGAACUGGAGCACACGGGACGAGCUGUGACGAAGAAGAGGGGACUUGACGAGGAGAGACAGAGAAGACUCUGGCAAACAGAGAUAAGGAUAAAAGGGGAUAGAAUAAAGCUGUGAUGGUGGAGGGAAUGGAUAAGAUGGCGAGAAUAAAACAAACGCAGGAGAAGAGAGAGGAAAGGCAGAGUCAGACCGACGCAGGGUUAGUGAGGGGAAAAUGCUUUUCCUUAUACAUUUCUCUCCCCGGUCUUUCAUCUUUCUCUUAGGAGAUGAGAUGUAGAUGUAGAGUUAACUCUUGAAGAGUCAGCUAGCAGCUUUUGUUUUAUUUAUUGCAUCCAACGCACAUCCCUUGACCACAGCCCUGUCCGAUAACAGAACCAUGUAGGGCUGGGCAAUAUGUUGAUAUUAUAUCCAUAUCCUGAUAUGAAACUAGAUAUCAUCGUAGAUUUUGGAUAUCUUCCAGACUAUUUUCCUGGUUAAAAGGCUGCAUUACAGUAAAGUGAUGUAAUUUUCUGAACUUAUCAAACUGUCCUGGCCCUCUACUAUUUGCCUCUACCCACAUCAUCAUAAUAUCCACAUAUCCACAUAGCAGUCUCAUAGUUAAAAUAUUUCGCAAAUGCACCAAGAGUCAACCUUACAAUAUCUUCCCUAUAUCAAUAUUCAGGUGUAUGGUAAAAAAAAUAUGUGAUAUCAGAUGUUUUCCAUAUGACCCAGCCCUAGUUCCAUGUCUUAAAGGUCCAGUGUGGAGGAUUUAGUGCCAUCUAGUGUUAUAGAACUGAAACUUCUCUUGUGGGCCAAGCGUGUAGGAGACCUACAGAGGCUGAUUCAAAAAUGUAAAAGGCCCUAUGUAGAGCCAGUGUUUGGUUUGCCCGUUUGUGGCGACUGUAGUACAACAUGGUGGACUUCAUGGAGGAGGACCUGUUAUUAUAAACAAAUGAAAACACAGACAUAUGCCAUUUCUGCCAAUAGAUGCCCCUAAAUGCUACACACUGGACCUUUAAAUAGUAUUUCACCCAUAUAUAAAGUCUUCCAUAGAAAAUAAAAUAAAAGCAGGUGCUGGAAAAAGAUGCAGUAUUUAGCUCAACUCCAAAGUGACAUCUGUUCACAACACAUCAUCAAAACAUCACCUAGUUACACGCGAAAGCUGCAGUAUGCUUUGGCUUUGGAAAAUGAGCCUCUAGAAUAUAAAACGACAGCUCCUUUUAUACUCUUAAGGAAAAACACAGUCACUAAAAUGCUGCCUUUUCUAUACACAGUAUUAUACGGUCAGUGGCUCCCAACCUUUUUGGCUUUUGAUCCCUUAAGAAGAAGCAGUGUCUACUUGAAACCCCUCAUCACCAGUUGCGGAUGUCUACUGGCUGUGACGAGUUCUACCAAAGAGUUGGGAACCACUGCUCUGUCGUCUUCUCCCACUGACUCUUAACUCCUUGUUGUUAAGUUCAGUCAUUGUGUUAUUUAAGUUUUCGAAGGUUGUUAGUUAAUAGCCUUAGAUAUUUUUCACUCAUGAAUGUAAUGUAGUGUUUUAUUUGCUGUCAAACCUUUUUACACUUUGACAGCAGCUGUGUAUUGGUUUACUGUUCCCCCCUCGGUUCAUAUUGCAGUUUUAAUGUAGCUUUUGUUGCAUUUUGUUUGUCGAAGAUCACAGAAAACAAAUGAAUAUUGAUUUUUUUAAGUAACUUUUCAUGUUUUGUCUCCUUUGUGGUUACAAAGUGUGUUUUUUUAACCAAAGAAUGAAUAAAUGCUUUUAUAAUUAC